UAUCUCUCGUCGUCGCCCCUUCUAAGUUCUAACCCACACAACCCCCCCCCCCCCCCCUCUCUGAACCCUAUCGAAUUCCGCUUCUCUUCCGCUCUCUCUAAACCCUAGGUCUGCUAUUCUCUGGGCCCCGGCGUUGCCACACGGACUUCUCGACGUCGCAGGGGACGAAGCCGAGAUGUACGCGGACCGGAUUGAGGCGGGGCGCAAGAGAUCCAUCAGAGAUCGCCUCAACGGCAAUCUCGUGGAGGAUCUCGGCCGGGCCAGGCCGGACAGCGGGAAAAGGCAACGACGAAAUGAUGACAAAUGGACACAUGAUCUAUAUGAGGCUGAUGAGCAACCUCAGACUUCAAAACCUAUUGGCCCCAAAGAUCUUCGAUUGAAGCUGCAGAAGAAGGGUCUGCAGCAAGCUGUUCAAUUUGGGAAGGAUUCAGGAGUGCGGGAUCUUCGUGAAAAGCUUUCUGGUACAAUGCACCCUCAGCCACCAAAUGCUGAUCUGACGAAGACUAAACCAGUGUUGGAGAUUGCUAAACUCAUUAAGAAAAAUAUCAGUUCUGUUGAAGCACCUGUACCAGAAACCAAAAAAAUCUCCAAUCCAACUUCAUCUAGAAAGACAUCUCAGAAAAAGUCUGAAUUGUCGGUAGAUGGUUUCCUGUAUUCUCUGGGCCUUCAAAAGUAUCUCAUAACAUUCCAGGCGGAGGAGGUUGACAUGACGGCUCUUAUGCACAUGACUGAUGAUGAUCUCAAGGCUCUAGGAAUUCCAAUGGGUCCGAGGAAAAAGAUACUCUUGGCCUUGGAAUCAAAAGCUUAGGCUGGUCGCCAAGUAAUAACCCAUGGAAACGGGUUCUUUUUAGUUCUUCUCAUCAGUGGAGCAUGCGGCCUCUGGAACAUCCUUAGAUCCAUGUAACUCAAAGCAUAUCUUGUCUCGUCUCUAUUAACUUAGGUGGCAAUAGCCUGGGAAAUGUAGAAUCUAGUAGUUCAUGCAGUUAUGUAGAUUGUAGAACUCGCGUGGGAGGAGGUUUCAAAGUGUGCCUGUAUCUAAAGCAAGUCUUUUCUUUUCAUUCGCUUUCGACGACCAGCAUGCUCUAGUACAUCCGACCUGAUCCAACUGGCUAUCAGGAUUUUGUAAUAUGGCUAUUAUACACUUGAAUUGUACUCUGGAAGGGUGGAAUGUCAAGGCCCAGAUUGGUGGAUUUGCAUUUGAGCCUAUUUGAUUAUCCUGAUAAAUUGCAAAUUUAGGUUUGCUGAGUAAA